AUGUUUGCUGAGCAACAACUGCAGUUCGGUCAGGAGUUACAUGCAGAGCAGCUGCUAGCAAAUCAGAUGCGGUCUAGGAAGAGACCAAAUGAUGACAUGAAUCCUAAUGUAGACCCUGCGAAGCGGAUGGAUAACAGAAAUAAAGAGAACUGCUCUCCAGAGUUGGCAAUGGUUCCGCCGAUGUACCAGAGCACACCGCUAAUGGCGGGUCAACGAGAGUUCUUCAAUCCCAACAUGGCCUCACAGGACGAAUCGAGAAAUGAUUCGAUUUUUGAAAGCAACAAGCAAAUAUACCUCCAAGGCCAGGCAACACGACUACGUCAUGUAAAUCUGGAAGUAUUCGAUGAAGCACCAGGACGGUUAUGUCUUUUGAAUGCGUCCACAAAGUAUAAGGUGACACUGAGCGAAAUUCACCGUCGCAUGAGCCAUCCGGAAACUCUACACGCCAGUCUCAUCAACGGUGUUCUCAGAAAGGCGAAAACGAAGGACGGUUGCAAAAUGUUACGUGAUAGACUGGCAGAGAAAGGAGUAUCACUUCCCUCAGGACGAAGAAAGACCGCACCAACGACGUCGUUCACAGCACUUUGUGAAAGAGAAGCUCUUGUGAUGGCUCGCGAUUUCAAUAAUCUCUGCCACAACAGUCUGAACACCUUCGAGAUUGCACGGCACUCCAACCGACUCCAGUACACGCCACAGGAGCUGGCAAUAGUCAGGCGUUACUUGGCUGGAAUAAUGGCAAUAUUCGACGAAGUACCAGAAGACCCAGAGGAUUACGUGGAGAAGAAUUCGGCUACACAUUCGAUUAACAUCUUUAGUAUGCUCACCCACGGAUUCGGCCAUAACGCUUUGAAGUCUGCAUGGAGAGUGCUGGCAAAGAUUGUUGACACGCAACACGCCAUGCUCCAAGGAGUACCCCCUCAAACGCAAAACUUCCACAUGCCGUACCACAUGCAGCAGUUCUUAUAG